AUGUUUUCAGUGCUGUCCUUCAGCUUCGACGCCCUCUCGGUGGCGCCGGAGCAGCGGCACCCGGUGAUGUGCUCCUUGGCCAGGCGCAUGGCGGUGGCUGAGAAGCUCCAGGUGCACGACAGCAGUGUGGAUGCCUACCUGCAAGAGUGCUUGGAGAGCAUGCCUCUAGACAAUCCCUACCAUGGCCAGUCUCACGUCUUGGACGUGCUGCAGUUUUUGACGACUCUGCUUUCGGAGACGGGCCUAGAGCAGGCCAUGUCGCCACUGCAGAUCUCAGUGCUUGUGCUCGCUGCCGCCGCACACGACGUAGACCACACUGGUACCACCAACAAUUUGCUGGCCGAGCAGGGCCACGAGUUUGUGGAGGAGUCUGAAGAAGGUGUAGGGGCGAUGGAAAGCCACAGCGCGCGCAGAGCAGAAGUUCUCAUCGAGGAGCUUCUGCUCCAAAAUGCCACGCUGCAGCGCUUGGUGCGGCGCACCAUCCACGGCACUGACUUGGCUCAGCACGGGAGGAUCCUAGAAAACUUCCACGCUGCCAUUCAGGAGCGCGAGCCCCAGGAGUUCUUCCAAGACACUGAGCACGGCGUUCUGCUGAUGCAGCUGCUGCUGAAGGCGGCGGACGUGAGCAACCCCGCGAGACCCUUGCAGACGGCGAAGGCGUGGAACUCCCAGAUCUAUGAGGAGUUUUACGCUGAAGGCGACCAGGUGCUCUCAGCCGGCGGAGAGCCAAAUCCUUUGCACGAUCGUCGGACAAACAACAUUCCUAAGUCCAGCGCCGGCUUCAUCAACUUCCAUGUCAAGGGCAUCUUCGUGGCGCUCCGAGACUUUGUGAGCCUCUGCAAGGAGCAAGGAAUCCCCGGGAUCAGACCGGAAGGCGUGGAGCAGGUUUUGGCAAACCUGGACAGAAAUGCUGCCUGCUUUGCCGAGGAGGCCGCGAGCCAAAAGGCCGACGGUGUGAGUGUUCGCGCCUGA